AUGGACAGUCCUGAAGAAAACAUCGUCGCCAUAUCAAACGAAACCACAGUCACCGUUACCAGUGAGCAGACCGUUACCUCGAUUCGUGUCCCCUCUGCUUCUCCAACUCCUGGACCUUCAACUGAAAGCAACCUGAAGCAUAAACUACCAAGAGUCAAGGUAGAGAAAACACCAAAAUCAAAUAAAAGUACGAUGUGUGACUAUUGCGGUGUUCACUACUCCCAAGAUGUGGCACUUAGGAACGGAGCUGUAUGGGUAGAGUGCAUGAGCUGCGGCAAAUGGUACCACCAAGAAUGUACUGGCACAGAGUCGCCACAGUUCCUGUGUGAUAAUUGUGAUAAAGUAGACUUUUCAGGCACUGAUGACAGUGAUUGGGCACCUGAAUAG